UGCGAUGAAAUUCAGUGCGUUUUUUUGUUCUGUGUGGUUCGUGUGUUCAUGCAAUUUUUCUCGUUUCUCUUUGAUUUUGUCAAUGAAAAUUGAAGGAGGAAAUGUCUCAGAACGCUCCCGAUGAUCCUGUCGUUGAGACUCUGGAGCCUUCGGUGAAGAAAACAUUGAAGCAGAAAAAGGAACAGCGGCGUUUGGAUAAAGCCGAGGAGAAGGCUGUUUUCAAUGCCAAUGUGCAACAAAAUGUGGAGAAAAGGCUUGAAUAUCUCAUCUCGAAGACCCAGAUUUAUGAUCACUUCAUCACCAACAGCAAGAAACGCGACCGGCGGGCCGAAGCUGCAUUCAAAAAUGUAGGGAAAAAUACGGGCUCCGCUUCACAGUCUGAGCCCAAGUCUGUGAUGAAGUUCAUGAGCACUCCGGACUUCAUCAACAAUGGCGAGAUGAGGGAUUACCAAGUGGAAGGGCUCAACUGGAUGAUUUCCAUCUACGAGAACGGCAUCAACGGGAUUCUGGCCGACGAAAUGGGCCUCGGGAAAACGCUGCAGACUAUCUCGUUCAUUGGGUAUCUCAACUUUACCAAAGGGCUGUCGCAGCGGCUGAAGUACCUGGUGAUUGUGCCCAUGUCCACUCUGCAGAACUGGCUAAACGAGUUCCAGCGCUGGUGUCCGUCGCUGGUAGUCGUGAAGCUCCACGGAACGAAGGCUGAGCGUUACGAGCAGGUCCAGAAGGUGAUCAAGCCGAAGAAAUUUGACGUCCUGGUCACCACUUACGAGAUGACUUAUGUGGAGACAAAUGUGCUGCAGGGGAUCAAGUAUCACACUGUGAUUCUGGAUGAGGGACACAGGAUUAAGAACGAGAACACUUUGGGGGCUAAGAAAGUGAGGACUUUGCAUACGAAUCACAAGAUGAUCCUCACUGGAACGCCCAUUCACAACACCGUUCACGAGUUGUGGGCUCUGAUGAACUUCCUCAUGCCAGACAUCUUCAACAGUGGCGAGGAUUUCGAUAGGUGGUUCGAGAGUAUGGAGUGUAUUAAUAAUCAAAUGGUGACUGAUCGCCUUCGGGCCAUAAUCAAGCCUUUCAUGCUGAGACGAAUCAAGGCGGAUGUGGAGAAAAAUUUGAAGCCGAAGCAGGAGCUGAAGAUCUACGUGGGCAUGACUGAUCUGCAGUUGGAGUGGUAUCGAAAGCUUCUGCUGAAGGAGUUAUAUGAGAGAGACAGUCAGGGUAUUCUCAACAAGAAGUCACUGCACAAUCUUCUAAUACACUUGCGCAAAUGUACCAGUCAUCCGUAUUUGUUUGAGGGAGCUGAAGAGGGGCCGCCGUUCGUAACGGGUGAGCAUCUGAUCAGGAACAGUGGCAAAAUGAUAAUAAUGGACAAGUUGGUGGCGCGUCACUUGACCGAGGGCUCGCGAAUCCUGAUCUUUUUCCAAUUUACAAAAAUGAUGGACAUCCUUGAGGACUACUGCACGCUUAGAGGGUACAAAUUCAGCCGCCUGGAUGGUAGUCUGACUGGAAUGGCACGCACUGCUGAGUUGGAGUCUUUCACAAGGGCUGGAAGUGACAAGCAAAUCUUCCUCCUAUCCACUCGCGCCGGUGGCCUGGGCCUCAAUCUCUCCGUGGCGGAUGUUGUGAUAAUUUACGACAGUGACUGGAAUCCCCAGAUGGAUCUCCAAGCAAUAGAUCGGGCUCAUCGCAUUGGCCAAACGAAGCAAGUGCGUGUGUACAAAUUGAUUGCGGAGAAGUCAGUGGAUGAACGAAUCGUUGAGUAUUCGGAGAUGAAGAUGACUCUCGACGAGAAGCUGAUCCACAAACAGAGUCUGAAGAAUGAGCGAAAUUUUCCGUCGAACAUCGUCAUGAAGGACAUGAAUAUGUAUCUAGAGGGAAAGGCUGAGACGCUGGCUGAGGAGGAUUUGGACACGAUUUUGGUGCGAUGCCAGAAGAGACAUGAUCAAGAGGAGGCUACCAGACAGGAUCAGCUAGUUUUGCGCCACAAGUACGAGAGUCUAUACAAGUUCGACGGGGAGGAUUUCAAUGAGAAGAGAGAGCAGAUCUGUAAGACUCUCAGGGAGCAGGAGCCCGACAUGCCGCGAUGGAAGAGACGAGCUCGUUGCCUAUCAACCUACGCGUCUGGUUUGGAGCGAAUGCCGUAUUAUCUGAAGACCUACAAGCCAUUCUGGCUCUUUAAUAAACGCCUGCAAAACUACAUCGAGAAGGAGAAGCUGUAUUACAUGAAGACUAUGCAGUAUGAGGGAGAUAGCAAUGAAAUGAACAAGAAAAUACAGUUUGCUCUACCUCUGAUGCGAUCUGAGCGCGAUGACUACGACAAACUCCUGCACGAUUCAUUCAAGGACUGGGAUUAUAGCAGCUUCAGACGAUUCAUAGAAGUUUCAGCUCGCUAUGGAAAGGACAACAUAGAUUUAAUCUGCAAGAGCAUUCCUGGACAAAGUAUGAUGGCGGUCAGGAAGUAUUGGAAGGUGUUCUGGGAGAGAUACACCGAAAUUCCAGGCUAUGAAAUGAUCCUGGAGGAGAUCAACAAUCGCGGGCUCAAGAGACCUCAUACGGAGGAUCCGGCCGAAGCCAGUGAUGUGCCCAGUAAGAAGGCAGCGAUCGAGACUAUAACAAUUUCAUCUGAUUCUCCUCUCGAGGGUCCACUCGAGUCUCCAUGGGACUCUCAAUCCAUUAUUUCACUUAGUUCUGAAAAUUAAUCUUAUUCUCCACUAAUACCUACUUCGAAUCUGAAUUAUUUUUAUAAAUUUAUUAUUUCAAUGUUUACAUGAAUUAUCUCCAUGUUUUCUAACUCUUAAGUAAAUCUUGGUAAAUCCAGUUCGUUCUACUCAAAAUACAUUAUAUAAUAGAAAUCUAAUUAUCUUGAAAUUCGUCGUUCUAACUAUUCUAAGCGCUUGUCGCAUUAUUUUAACACUACGCCGUCGGUAUUUAAAAUGUAAUUCCCAGAAAAAAAAGACUUACAACUGUCCAAAUAUAAUUAUUUUCUUAACUCCUCGAUGCUCCACUAAUAAAGUAUAUA